AUGUUAUUUUUUUUUUUUAAAAUUCUUAUGUUUACCUUUUUAGUUUGGAUAUGUCUUAUUAUCCAUGAUGUGAGUGUCUUUAACAAAUCCGUGUAUGAGAACUACAAAUUUGAUAGAAAAUUAUAUGAAAAAUCUUGUCGAUUGCUUGCAAAAAAUAAACAGAAAAAAUGUACAUAUAUUAAGUGGAUAAAGGAGGAAAUACCGAAUAAAAUAGAGUGCAAAAAAAAAAAUUUAUAUAAUAAUAAAAAAGAAGCCAUAAAUAAAAAUAAACAGUCCAAAGAAUAUUCAUUAAAAAAUGCAGGGUUCCAUGAACAAUAUAGAAUAGAUAAAAAUGUUGUACGUACAGGUGGAAAUUUAUGUUUCAAAAAAAGUAAUUUCGAUAAGAUAUAUUAUAAAAAUAAAGUUAGGGAUACUGCAAAUGCUGAUUUUAAAUAUUUAAGAAAAUGUAUGAAAAAAAAAGUACUUGAUAUUUGUACUUUAUCUGGCUUCUAUAUACUACUUGGAAUAUUACUGCUUGUUUUAGGAAAAUGUAAAUAUAUAAGAAAUAUAAUAGUACUUAAAAAGUUAAAUUUAUUAACAGUAUUAUUAGUGAUAUUCAUGUUUGUAGUUAUUCUAAGUAUGUUUUAUUUUUACAGAAAAUUUCAAAAAUAUGAGAAGUUAACAUGUGUAAAAAGUGACAUAUAUAAUACGGCAUAUCCUUCUUUACGUUAA